GCUGUCAUUGGGCAGGACUGAAACAUUAUUUUCAUGUUGGUAGCAUUAUUACACGUUAGACAAUUUCCAACACUGUCACUGAAAAACCUGAAGGUAUGGGCUCAGGAGAGAGUACGACCAGAAAAGUGUCUUUCGGUGUGGAUGAUGAGGACAGGGUCCGGAUUCUCCGCGGAGUCAAGUUAUCUGAAGAUGUUCUCCAGAGGAUGAAAGGAGUUGCCAACAUCCCUCCAGAACGCAAACCAUCAACAAACACCGCCCCUCUGAAAGACACAGGUGCUUCAAGUCCUCGACCCCAGCAGAAGAGCCCACAGAGCCAGGCGCAGCCCAAGACCCAGUCCAGCGCCAGCAAACCAGCAUCCAAUGCCAAGGAAGACCCGAAAAAGUUUGAGCGUCAGCAGUCAAAACUGAAGGAAGACUUGGCGAGGGCGGCACAGAAAGAAAGCGAGGCAGCGAAGGAGGAAAUGAUUAAAGCCAUGAGCCGGGAACGACACAACAAACGCCAGGAAGCAGAGAGGGCCAAACAACUGGCUCAGCAGCUCCAGAAGAAAGACUCACAGCUGAAAGCAUUGGAUGCUUUCUACAAGGAGCAGCUGGCACUACUGGAGAAGAGGAAUUUGGAAAGAUACCAGCAGAGUAAAGACCAGUUCCACCAAGCUGCCGAAAAGACCGAAGCAAACGUGAGGUAUCGCAGCACAGACCCAGUGUGUACCGGCCUGCAGGCUCAGAUUUUAUCCUGUUACAGAGUCAACAGGGAUCAGACCUUAAAGUGUUCAGACCUGGCCAAAGAGUACAUGCAGUGCAUCGAUGCUGCAAAGAAGAACCUGCUGGUCAACCAUGGAUGAAGACAAGAAGGAAAAGGGUAAAACAGUUACUGGCAAAGGCUUUUUACCUCGGCACUGAGAACAGAACAUGUUGCAUUUCUUUUUGAAAUAUAAGAAAGUUGAUUUGCUUUUAGAAUGCCUUGAUCUUAAACUUUCUUUUUAUGCUAUUUAUUUGAGUUAAAGUUGCUUUAUGACUCUGCACAGCUGCUUCACACACAGAAGGUUUUGGAAACAAAAAGAUGUGUACAUUAGAUUCAUGGCCUGAAGGAGUACACUUUCAAUUCAGCCUUUUACAACAUCAGCAGAGUGUUUCUCAGACCUGAGCUGUUAAGAUCCAUUCAGGAACAUUUGUCCAUCAUCUGAAUGUGAGCCUCAGUCCGUCUCAUCCUCUGCUGCUUUUGUUGAAGAAGAAAAAUUAUUUCAGGGAUGAAUUGAAUGGAGUGCAUUUAGACCGUCCUUGUUAUGAUCACAGACUGAGAGAAGAAAUGAGUUUUAUGACUUUGAGUUUUAUAGUUUUGUAUUUUUUUAAAGACAGGAACAAACUCAGGUAAUCCUGGCCAUGACUCUUACUCAUCUCGUGUAUGAUAUAGUGUAUGAUUUUAUUAAAACACUCAUAUCCUUUGA